GGACAGCGAACACUUUUUAGUUCUUUUAUCUAUAUAGUGCUGCAGUGGCUUUAGGAAAGAUUGCACCUCUUUCUCUGGACACUGGAAACCAGCCCCUCCAUGGCUCUGCAAGUCUUGGGAAUCACUCUUUCAAUGAUCGGCUUUGCGGGAACCAUCAUCAUCUGCGCUCUGCCCAUGUGGAAGGUGACGGCCUUCAUCGGCACAAACAUCGUGGUGGCCCAGGUCUUCUGGGAGGGCCUGUGGAUGACGUGCGUGUACGAGCGCAUCGGUCAGAUGCAGUGUAAGCUGUACGACGCGCUGCUGGAUUUGGACCCUUCUCUGCAGGCGGCUCGAGGCCUGAUCGUGACCACCAUGGCUCUGGCCUGCUUGGCUUUCCUCAUCUUUCUGGUUGGGGCCGACUGCACCAACUGCCUCAGUAACCCACGGGCCAAAGCGCGGAUCGUGGUGGUCUCUGGGAUCACCUUCAUGCUUUCUGGACUGACCGUCCUGGUGCCCGUGUCUUGGACGGCCGACUCCAUCAUCAGAGACUUUCACAAUCCCAUCGUGCACGAAGCUCUGAAGCGGGAGAUGGGGGCGGCGCUGUAUGUGGGCUGGGUCACGGCCGGAUUUCUGUUCGUCGGCGGGGCCGUUCUCUGCACCAGCUGCCCACCGGAGCGCCACGAGUACUCCCCGAGAUACACGCUGACAAAGACAGACACACACAGCGGAUACGCCGUAAAGAACUACGUGUGACACACAGCAGGUCACACCGACGGACACACUGGUCAGGUGCUGAAGUGAAAAGAAAAAGUCAUCUCAAAAAAUAUACUUGGCUUUUGAGUUCUGUCUCUAGAUAAACAAAUAAAAACAAUAAUCAAUCCCUGAGAAUAAAGAUGUGUGUGUG